CAAACUACCUUAACUCACACACCUCUACCCCUUCUUUUUUUCCUACUUUUUUGUGUGGUGUGUGCACAUAAUACCCCUUUUAUUAUGGGUUCCAUGGAUAAGUCUGAGGUUGAUGAUCGUUAUCAUGGGGUAAACUUCACGACCCAAAGAGGGUUUCGUGCAAAAUUCAAAUCUGGUUUGAAGGAAACGUUUUUUCCUGAUGAUCCCUUUAGGCAGUUCAAGAAUGAAGAGAAGCCAUUGCGAAGGGUCAUCAAAGGGGUGCAAUACUUUGUUCCAAUCUUUGAGUGGUUACCCAAUUACACUUGGCGCCUCUUUUGCUCUGAUUUGAUCGCUGGCUUAACCAUCUCUAGCCUUGCCAUCCCUCAAGGCAUUAGCUAUGCUAAACUCGCCAACCUUCCUCCCCUCAUUGGUCUUUAUUCUAGCUUUGUCCCACCUCUAGUAUAUGCUGUUUUUGGGAGUUCUAGGCACAUGGCAGUGGGGACGAUAGCGGCAGCAUCAUUGCUUAUUGGUCAAACUAUAGCAACAGUGGCAGACCCAGAAGAAGAGCCAACGUUGUUUCUUCAUUUGAUUUUCACAACCACCUUUAUCACGGGCAUAUUCCAGGCUUGUCUGGGCGUUUUCAGGUUGGGUAUACUGGUGGAUUUCUUUUCCCAUUCUACCAUCAAUGGAUUCAUGGGAGGGACAGCAAUAAUUCUCAUCCUCCAACAACUAAAGGGCAUUUUUGGCAUGAAACACUUCUCUACCAAAACCAACGUGAUAGCUGUAGUGAAGGCCAUCCUCGCCAAUAGACAUGAGAUAAGGUGGGAAACCACUGUUCUUGGCGUGAUCUUCAUUGCUUUCCUCCAAUUUACUAGGCACCUGAGGAAUAAGAAUCCAAAACUAUUUUGGGUACCAGCUAUAGCUCCAAUGACGACUGUAAUAGUUGCUGGCAUUUUCACCUACCUUGUCAAGGGCCAACAUCAUGGAAUUCAAAUUGUGGGCCAUCUCGAUAAAGGAUUAAAUCCCUUGUCCAUCCAGUAUUUGAACUUUAAUAGUAAAUAUUUAGCGGCAGUGGUUCGAGCUGGCCUUAUUACUGGCGUCUUGUCAUUGGCGGAAGGAAUAGCAAUAGGAAGAAGCUUUGCUGUUACUGAUAAUACACCUCAUGAUGGGAACAAAGAGAUGAUAGCUUUUGGCCUUAUGAACUUGUGCGGUUCUUUUACUUCAUGUUACUUGACCAGUGGACCAUUUUCCAAGACUGCAGUGAAUUACAAUGCAGGGUGUAAGACUGCCAUGGCAAACGUGAUACAAGCAAUCGUAAUGGCACUCACACUACAAUUUUUGGCACCACUAUUUGGCUACACCCCUCUUGUUGCUCUAUCAGCUAUUAUUAUAUCUGCCAUGCUGGGCCUGAUUCAUUAUGAAGAAGUUAUCCAUCUCUUUAAAGUUGACAAGUUUGAUUUCGUUAUUUGCAUGGCUGCAUUCCUUGGAGUCGCCUUUAUAAGCAUGGAUAUUGGCCUCAUGAUUUCUGUUGGACUUAGUGUGCUUAGAGCACUGUUAUACGUGGCUAGACCUGCGGCAUGCAAGCUAGGAAAAUUGCCUGAUCAUAUGGGCUUAUAUAGAGAUGUUGAGCAAUAUACUGCUUCAACAUUACAAGGAAUUCUAGUUAUACAACUUGGUUCUCCCGUUUACUUUGCAAAUUCUGUAUACGUCAAAGAAAAGAUUAUGAGGUAUAUUCGGAGUGAGGAAAGCUCUAGUGGAGAUGUGGUUGAGCAUGUCAUACUCGAUUUGUCAGGAGUGACAUCCAUUGACACAACUGGUAUUAAAGGAUUGGAUGAGACAAAUAAAAUAUUGGGGAAGAAUGGAAUUAAGAUGGCGAUAGUAAACCCAAGACUGGAGGUGAUGGAGAAGCUAAUAGCAUCCAAGUUUGUUGACAAAAUUGGGAAAGAUUCGUUCUAUUUAACAUUGGAUGAUGCAGUGAUGGCAUCUCAAUAUUCACUUCGUUUGUCAAAGACAAAUAAUACUCAUGAAGAGAUAGUGGUUCAUGAUCAAGAUCAUGCCUAAGUACAACAAACAAAACUAGAUUGUACACCGGUAGUUAAUUAGCUUUUGGAUGGCCAAAUGAAUGUUGUAUUAUAGUACUAUACAACUAUUUAUGGAAUUGAGAAAAUAGUUCCUAGGGAGCUUUCCCU